AUGGUGGGGCUUAGCGCCGCUAAGGUGCGGCUGGUUCGCACGGCUGAGAGUAAAUCUUACAAACGGAGUCCACUAAAGAAGCCUAAAUCCGAAACUCCGGUGGUUCUCCGCCGUUCUCUGAGAACUCGGGGGCUGCCGCCUGAUGCUGCCACUGCCUCUGGCCUUGAUGAUGAUCUUGUUGAUGAGAAGCAGAUUAAGGAUAUCUCCCACUUGAGUUCCAACAAAAAAUCCCAUCAAAGGAAGGGACCCAUUCCAUGGACUGAUGCAUACCGUGGUGAUGACGGGUUGGAAUAUAAAAUGAGGGAAACUUUCUCCUUCUCUUGGAAGUCUGUACAGGGUGAGGGUGAUGGGGUUCCUUGUGAUUUUAAAUAUGUUGAGAAAUUGAAUGUGACCAAAAAAAUGCGGGGCGCAGUUGAUGUGACAGCAUUGGAGUUGAGGCCUGAGAAUGUAGCGCGAUUGGUGCCAGGGAGGAUUAUGAAUGUGAGGUUUUUUCCUACGCUGGAUAGGCAAAUGGUUGUCGUUGGCAACAAGUUUGGAGAUAUUGGAUUUUGGAAUGUUAAUGGCGAGAGGACUGGUGAUGAUGGGAUUUAUUUGUUCCACCCCCACUCAGGGCCUGUUUCUGGAAUCACGAUAGACCCCUUUUCGAUUUCUAAGAUGUAUAGUUCGUGCUAUGAUGGGUUUAUCCGAAUGAUGGAUGUGGAAAAGGAGGUAUUUGACUUGAUUCAUUUCAGUGAGUCCUCUAUAUUCUUCACGUGCCUGAAUCCACAUGAUGUAAAAUCCUUGUAUUUUAGUGAGGGUGGAGCAGUGCCAACGACCAACAACGUGGCGAAUGAUGAUGUCAGAGCUGGUAACCUUAUGGAGUGGAUCAGCAUGUACUCGUCACAGAGCCAAGCCGCCAGUAUCAUUCACGAGCAACAACACUCGUCCACGGUUCAUACCAGUGCCGUCCAUGAAACCCCGCGUUUGUACAUCACCGGUCUCGCUCAGUUCACGUCGCGUCCGUACGCCCGCACGUCGAUCGAUAUUUGUACGCCCAUUCACAGCUCGUUCACGCUGGUUCCACGCUCGUCCCGUCUGUACUACGCAUUCCCGUGGCCCAGCAAGCAGUACCAGCGCACCUAUCAGCAGAUCCGCAUCCCUAAAUCCAUCACUCCACCUUCAUUUCUCGGCCAUCCACCGAGCUCCGGCGAGCCACCGUCCAGCGAACCCUCCGGCGAGCCUGCAUUCAGCCUUGGUCCAUGCCUCCCUCCUGCCGACAGCAUGAACCCGUCCCAGAUCCGAGCCGCCAGUAUUGUUCAUGAUCACCAGCGCCCGUCCACGGUCCGUACCAGUGUCGUCUCUGCAACCCCGCGUUCGUUUAUCGCCGGUCCAACUCAGUUCACGACGCGUCCAUACGCUUGCAUGUCGAUCUGCAUCUGUACGCUCGUUCAGAACUCGUUCACGUUGGUUCCAUGCUUGUCCCGUCCAUACGACGCGUUCCCGUGGCCCAACGAGCAAUACCGGCGCACCCAACAGUAUAUUUGCGAUUUCAUCAACGUCUCUAGUGUCUUAGGGCUCGACGAGACGGACCACGGAGGGGAGACCGAGACCUCGAUCUCGACGAGCCUUCUCCUGUCACCCAGAGCCAGUCCUUCACAUUAUAAGGCCCUGGGCCAAACACAAAUGUAG